CAACUCAACUAGACGGCAGUAUCGGAGAUGCAUUACUGCUGACAAUGAGUGCUGUCACUCAACAGGGCUGCUUCAUCGAACCAAGAAGAACACCAGGUAGAAUAAUGGAGUUCAUUUUCUUCACGGCGCUAAUGGCGUUGUACGCUGCGUACUCUGCCAACAUCGUGGUGUUGCUCCAGGCGCCUUCCAAUUCGAUCACGAGCCUUGCGCAGCUGGCCGCAUCCAAGGUCACGUUGGCUGCCAACGAUGUGGACUAUAAUCGAUUUGUUUUUAAUGACGACAUUGACCCUCUACACGUUUCUGUGCACAAAACGAUCAUCCCUGACAACGGAAAGCCACGGUUCCACGAUAUUUCAUAUGGAGUCGAGAGGAUUCGAAAGGGUCUAUUCGCUUUCCACUCCAUAGUCGAGCCGGUCUAUCGGCGCAUUGAGGAAACAUUUCAGGAAAACGAAAAAUGUGAUCUAACCGAAGUGGACUACAUAAACAGUUUAGAUGCUUUCACGCCGGUCAAGAAAGAUUCUCCGUAUUUGGAACUGCUUAGAGUUUCUUACAAACACGUGCGUGAAGUUGGUAUUCAGGCGGCUUUGAACAAGCGCUAUCAAGUACCGAAGCCUCGAUGCGAGAGCAAAGCGGUCGCAUUCAGCAGUGUCGGUCUUCUAGACCUUCGACCGGUCCUUAUUAUGAUGAUGUACGGCGUGGCUUUAUCUCUAGCGAUAUUAUUAGCGGAAAUCAUUGUUUUCAAAAUAAAAGAAUACAACUGUAAUUUUCAUUAGCGGCAAUUCACUAUUGUCUCUCGUCUACAGCAAGACUUUUAUAUAAUUAAAGUUUGGUAGUAAAAGUUAUAAUUUACCGUACAUAUUCAUUUAAAUAAAAAUAGACGUAU